UAAACCAUCUCUCCCAACCACAAUAUUAUUUCAUCAUUGAUCAUAUAUAUUUCUUCUCUUCUUCUUCUUUAAGGUUAAUUAAUUAAUAAUUAGAAAAUAGAAAUGUCUAGUAGAAGGUCGAGACAAUCGGGAGGCGGUGGUGGUGGGAGUUCGAGAAUAAGCGACGACCAAAUAGUUGAUCUUAUUUCUAAGUUGCAGCAAAUCCUCCCCGAGAUUAACACACGCCGCCGCUCCUCCUCGACCAAGGUAUCUGCAACAAAGGUGCUUCAAGAGACAUGCAAUUACAUAAGGGAUUUAAACAGAGAGGUUGAAGACUUGAGUGGUAGACUCUCCCAUCUCCUGUCUACCGUUGAUGAAGACAGUGCUCAGGCCGCCAUUAUCAGGAGCUUAAUCAUUAAUUAAUUAUUAAUUUAAUUAAUUAAGAUAUAUAUAUAUAUAUAUAGUACGUACUGCAUUAAUUAAUUAAUUAAUUUUGUUUUAUCCUUAGACCUGAACAGUUAAUUUUAUGUCAGAUCAGGUCAUUAUAAUAUAUAUAUAAUUAAAAUUGCAUGUGUUAUUCCAAAUACUAUAUUUACUUACUUAUUUUUACCACUUCAGUUAGCUAUCAUGUUCUAGAAUUUGUACCAAUUAAUUAAUAUUUAAGUAUUUGUUUUUGUA